AUGUCUGCCAACGAGAAGACACGCAUAUCGGGCAUCACGACCAACAAUCUCACCGGCGAGCGUCAUAUCCCGGCCUCCGUCCGCGCAGAUGGCUCCCAACGCCGCGAAAUCCGCAUCCGGCCAGGCUAUAGUCCGCCCGAGGACGUCGAGCUAUAUAAGAACCGUGCCGCGGCGUCGUGGAAAAACCGUGGCAAGGCAGGAGUUCCAGGCGCGGAGCCGGUAGCGAACGAGAAUACUGCGUCAGCCGCCAGCGUCAAGAACGCAAAGAAGAGAGAGGCCAAAAACAAGGCCAAGGCGAACAGCGAGGUCACAGCUUCUACGGGACAGACCGACUCCCGGAAGAGCGAGAAGGACACUGCUCUGGACAAGGAGAGCUGGCGCGUAACGGCCGGCACAGCCGGCAGCGGGAAAGACAGAGAAACAGCUACGGAAAACGACGUCGAUCCGGAAGCCGAGCAAGAGAAGAAGGCGAGAAACCUGAAGAAGAAGCUAAAGCAGGCCCGCGACCUACGUGACAAGAAGGCCAAGGGAGAAAGUCUGCUCCCCGAGCAGCUGGAGAAGGUUAUCAGGAUCAACGAGCUGGUGCGGCAGCUCGAGUCUCUGGGCUUUGACGCUGACGGCGAGAAGAAGGCAGACUCUGGGGAAGCCAAGUGCUGA